AUGAAAAACCUUUUAACUCCCGACGCUCACUUUUGGAGCAAGCGUUUUGUUAAUAGACGAAAUACUUGCAAGCCAGUCAAAUCUAUCCGCACGGAACAGCUGAACAGGUUUCUCUUUAACAAAACCAUUGUUAUUUUUCCUUUCGCAUUUACUUUCAUAUAUCCGAAAUAUGUCAUUGUAAAUGGUUUUAUUCAAAAGAUAUAUGCAGGGCAUAUAGGUCUCCGCCCAGUACAUUCUCUUUCUCUUUUCUUUCUCAUUUCCUUCUUUCCUUCCUUCUUUCUUUCUUUUAAUUACAUUCUCCUUUCUCUCAUUUUUUUCCUUUUCCUUUUUUCCUUCCUUCUUUCUUUUUUAAUUACAUUCUUCUUUCUCUCAUUCUUUCUUUUCUCAUUUUCCUUCUUUCUUCUUUCUCUUUCUUUCUUUUAUUCUUUCUUUUCUCUCAUUCUUUUUUCUUUUUCCUUCUUUCCUUCCUUCUUUCUUUCUUUUUUUUAA